AUGGACCGAGAAUCCCAGGCACAUCAGUUGUUUUGCGUUAAUGCCCAGUUCCGGGUGUUGAUUUGCCAGAAAUGUCAAUACGCCGUACGGCAGGACCAUGUCAAGACCCAUUUAAGUAGUACCAUGCAUCGUAUCCCCAGUCCACACGCAGAGUAUAUCCAGAACAUCGUCCAGCAGUGGGACGGGAUUGAUGAGGAGCCCGAGGUGUCCCGUUGGCCCCACCAGAUAGAGGAACCCAUCCCCGAGUUACCCGUGUAUGAGGAUGGGAUAUUGUGCCGGAAAUGCGAGGUGUACACAUGCCGCCAGAUCCGUACCAUGAAGGCGCAUUGGAUCGAGACGCAUCAUUAUCGGGUGCAGCAAGGCCGCGGCCGUCCCGCACCCACACAGGCACAACGCAUCCAGGCCACCAUCAGCGCCAAUAUUCGGCCCGUGUUAUGCCAGCGGAUAUUCACCCAAGGGCCCGGGUCCCAUUACAUCCAUAUCGCGCAGCCAAAUCCCAAUGAACCCCCCGAGGACCCCGUUGAAGAUCCCGACCGUAUUCACCGGUUGAUGCAAACGAUUGAGGAGUAUCAACAGCAAGACCAACAGGCCCAUGAAACCAUCGUGCAGGCAGGGGAUUUAGAUGAAGCCACGCCAUGGUUGAAUCGGACGGGAUGGGUGCGGUAUUUGCAAGGGACCCCCGGAAGCCAUUGUUCGAGAGUAUCCAGCGCCCCGAGGAGGACGCCGAGGGACCGGAGCGCGCCGCAUUAG